AACUUAGAACUUUUCAACCUUGCAAAUAAUUUUUCGAGAACGAAAAAUUAACAAUUAAUUACUAAUCAAUUGCAACACAACUUUGAGAAAAUGAUUACAUCUAUCACAAAGUUCAACAUUUUACACAUCUUGCUCUUAAUCCAAUUGAUUACUAAUCAAUUGAAGAUGAAUUCUGUCCCUCGUACCCCUUUGGUUGACUUAGACCUCGAACAGCUAGAAAACGAAGAAAUCACUGCAGGCUUACCUUGGAACGAUACGAUUCACGAAGCAAAUCGUAAUCAACCUUCAAUUCGCCAAGAAAUAGAAGAACUGACAGCUUUAGGCCGUCUAUUUUACGCGAAUAUUGUCGAAGAAGAGAGGCCCGAGGCUCACGUAGUGCCAAAUAACGAUGAUCCAGACGAUUUAACGUUAUUAUCUUCGGCCGAUUCAGUGUUGAAUGGUACUGCUCUAAGAGCUGAAACGUUCGUAUGGGUUCCAGCGAUGCCAAAUUACCCUGAAACAAGCAUUAAUGGCACUUGUUACGUGAUAAGUUGGAAGGAUAAAAGCACCCAAGAAAAUCCCCAAAAAAUCAUGGACGAGGUCGAAUUUUGCAGGGCCAAACAUGGAAAUACAAGACGUUCAACCUCCGUAUUUUUUGAGUACUCGCCGGUUUAUCGACUGUCAUAUAAAUGCACUGGUGUAAAAUGUUGCGAAUAUCUUCAUCCAGAGCUUCGAAAUCAAUCAUAUACAGCCGUAACUGAUGAGCUUUGGGAUAAGAAAGCCAAAAUUCAACGCGAUAUUGAAGAAAAGCUACAACAACAGGCCGGAAUGGAAGCAAUCACGUAUAUUCGCGCACACAUAAGUGAUUUCGAAGAUAAAAAAACAUGCAAACCGUUUUUACCGACCUGCAGAUUAGAAAUACAAAUAGAACCUGAAACUAUUUCGGGGAUUCCUUAUUAUAUACUUCGCUGUAUUAAUUCAACGCCGCAUUCUCAAACGCCAUCAAGCAUACAACAUUGCUAUCGUUUUAUUGACCGGAAAUACAACUCCGAAAUUGACUUGAUUCAAAGGAUUUUAAAUAAUACCGACGAUAUUGAACCAGGGCAAUGCUCGUAUGUGCAACACAAUCAAAAGCACCAAAAGAAAUGUUGCUUUGACCAUCCGCAAGGAAGGGGGUUAAUAAAACCUGCUUCGUGUAACUGCCGAUUUGAAGUUAUAAUUCCAGUUGAUUUAGACUUGAUUCCUUAUAUCGCAGUGGUUUGCACCGGUAUCCAUUGUCAUCCCUUGCCGCCACCUAGUAAAAUGAAAAAAGACACCAUGAAACGCGGAAUGGAUUUAAUUGCAUCUAUGAAAAAUCCACGAUUAACUGCAGCUAUGUUUUUAAGUAACCCUGCAGUUAAAGAAUGGAAAGAUUUGGAAAAAAAUCACCCUUCUCUUAACAAUCUAUCUACCAUUCGAUAUAUGAUUCGGCUGUCGAAAAUGAUCCAUUACCCAUUAGGAUCAAGUAUUUUAGCCGUACAACGAAAAUUCGAACUUCAAAGGGACAGCCCAGAUCAAUACGUUCAAGACAUUUACCAGGACGGGAUUAACUUCAUGAUUAUAUGCUUUAAUAAGGGUCAAUUGGAGAUAUUUCAACGAUUGCGAACUGUUACAAUCGACAUGAAUUAUAAGCAUUUAUUGGAUCGUACCCAUCGAGAAAUAAUUUGGGCAGUCUUCGACGAGAAAAUUAGGAAAAAUGUGGCGAUUUUUCGCGUAAUCACGAAUUCCGAUAGCGUCCAGAUGUAUUAUUUUAUGUUUCGUCGGCUCUUUGCAUUUAUCAAAGACAAAUUUCAUUACGAGCUAAAAUGGGACCAUAUCCAUAAUACUAAAAAGAAAAUCGACAAUAGUUUCAUUGGAUUUACAAUUGAUCAAGAUUAUAAGUUGAUAAUUGGAAUUGGUCUUUACCUUUCGGAUGUCGACCCAGCACACGACUGGCUUUGGCAUAUUCAACGAACAAUUCGAUACUGUACGGUGCAUUUUCAGCGUGGUGUUGAAAAACAAGUUGGGCCGGCCCGUGAUAAGGAUUCCGACUUUUCCAUGCUUAUGGAAUUGCUUCACAUGUCAUCAGAGCUUGAAUAUCUAAAGCUAUGUGAUUUCAUGGUCAGAUUUUUCUGCAAUGGAAGAUUUGCGAAUUGGGCCAAACAUAAGUCGAGAACAUCAAUCCGAUGUGGUCUUAAUCCAUCUUGUUCAAGAAUGCCUCGAGAAAACUGGAAUUUGUUAUCCAGUACCACAAAUCCAGCCGAAGUUCAACACCAACGAAGUUAUAAGUACGGCGGCCGAUACCAAUACAUUGCAGAUUGCAUUGAAUUCAACGAAACCCUUGAUUUACAAGAUAUGGAGGCUGGAGAUUUAUUUCUUAAAUAUAAUAUUUCCGAAACAUAUCGAUCAAAUUCCAUGUCAUCCCGAUUAAGUCGCUCAAACCAAAGAAAAGCAACUAAAGCUGCUAAACGGCGUCGACAAACUAACGAUCAAUUACUACCUUCUGUUGAGUUUCAACCGAGCCUUCCACCAUCAGUUCUAGCGGAAAUAGAAUAUUUAAGCGACUUUUCAACUUCAGGAUCGUCUAGAGCGUCGUCAGUUGCUUCAACUGUAAGAUCCGUAAGACGACGAAGGGGCAGUAACGAUUCCCUUCGUCGUCAAGCUUUAGCUAGCUCUCAACCGCCUUCGUCACAAGCUUCAAUUAUUGAAACUGAUUACGAUCGUGAGCUAAAAGCUAUUAAGAUUCGUCAAGAAAAAGCUCGACUUGAAAAAUCUGAACAAGAAGUAAGAAGACUAAGAUUGGAAAACGAUGAAAAGGAAUUACGGCUGGCUGAAUUGCGUCGACAACAAGGUUAGAAGCUGUAAAGACCUAUAUGGUUAUAGCCUUAUUUAGCAUCGUCACAAUAAUCCUUUUACCUUUUUAAUAAUAAUCCUCUCUUUUCAUUAAUAAUAUACGCAGUUAUAAUACUUAUUAUAAACCGUAUAUUAAAAUGUAUAUAUAUUAUUUCUUUUCUUUAUGAGUAAAUAAUUCUCUUUUAAAUUAUUACCUUAUUGUUUAUGUUAGGACAUGGCCAUGAACGUAGAUAGCCACUCCCGUAGCUAUCCAUGGCUAUUGCCAUGUGGGCAUCCCCAUGGUUGCUGCUGCCACAGCUUGUUGAACCUUAUCUGUGUAUAUAUAGCCAGCCUGAGACGUUAGGAGCUCA